AGUCGUGGAAAGUAAGCAUUUUUAAGAAAUAUGAAAAUAUUUGAAAUUUUAAAUUUCAUGGGCGCAGCCAUUUUAGCUAGCAAAAUUUACUUUCGAACUUUGAUUUCUAUGACAAAAUUUAAGCAAAACAGAACAAUGUGAUACAAUAAAAGUAUCGAAAUAUUUAUUCAAUCAAGAAUUUAUUUUUAUUUUUAUUUUAAAAGUGUAAAAUAAUAUCAUCAAGAUGAUCAAGGACCAUCAAAAAAUCAAAUCAAAUACGCCUGUCGGAUAUAAAUAAUUUCCACAUUUUCUGAAAAAGUUCAAAGCAAAAACAGCAACACUGGUUUACACUAACUUUUUGUGAUUUGCAGUUUGUGUCAUUCAAAAGGAAUCUCAUCUGAGAAAAAUUUCUACUCAGCCAGACAAGACACAAAAGCCAAGAUCCUACUCUGCAAAUACAGUUUUGACAGAAUACUACAUAUGAAACUGAUAACAUGGCAACAGAUAAAGCUAAUGAUGAGACUUUCCCAAAAUGUGAAUUCUGUUUGAAGUUGGAUUCUUCCUACUUCUGUCACGAUUGCACCAGCUUUCUUUGUAACACUUGCAUUCAACCUCAUAAUGAACACUCUCGUGUCACCAUAGAGACAAACUUGAGGUUGUUUUGUGACAAACACAAAUUCAAGAUAAGGGAUGUUUAUUGUAAAUCAUGUAAUGCAAUUACAUGCAAACUUUGCCAUAUUCAUGGUCAUAAUGGCCAUGAUUCUAUCAAAGUUUGCAGUGAUAAGGAAGAAGAACUGAAGGAAGUGGCCAAGGAAGGUUUAGAUGAGAUUAGGUGUAAUUUACCAAAGACUAUAAAUUAUGUAAGCGUACAACUCAUUAAUGAUAGAGACAGUAUUCUGGAGAAGAUAGCAAAUAUGUUAUCCAACAAACAGAAAGAUUUAUCCUUGAGAAGUAAAUCAAUUGAAAAUGAUAUAACUGAAAACAUGGACCCAAAUAAAAUAAAUACUGAAACACUCAUACAAGACUUCCAUACAUAUUUGAACACUCGUAUUGGUGUUAUAAGUGCAAUAGCAGAGUUGUACGAAAUAAGAAUGGAUUCUAUUGAGGAUACAGUUGAAGAUAUCAAUUCCAUGUCACAAAGUAACAGUAUCAAGUGUGCACCAGCUGUUGUGAAUAAGCCAAAGUUAGAUGAAGAGGAACAGAUUAUUACUGAUGACGAUGAUGAUGUGAUUGAUGAAAAAGUACCACCAGAUGAUAAACAUAAAGAUGAAUGUGAAAAUUUGGCUCCAGAUGAUACCUCUGAGGCUGAAUCAUUAGACAACUUUGGAUUAUCCCUGCAUCCUUCAAAGUAUUAUAUCCUGGACAACAAGUCUGGUCAAUUAGCGAUUCCCGGUGAUCUUCAAUUCAAGAACAAUGGCAAUCUGAUUAUUGCAGACUAUAAAGCAAACAGAAUCGUAGAACUAAACCUUUCAUUUGAUUCUAAUCACAAACCCUCUACCACUCCAAUACUAGAAAUCAAUGAACCAAAAAGAAUUUUGCUGGUUGACAAUGAUGAUAUGUUUAUCAUAAGGGACAAAGAGAAUGUGUUGAAUAUGCUGAAGGAUGGAAAGAUGGAGUAUUUGCCCUUUAAUGUUGAAGUUGAUACUCUGAGAGGAAUAGGACGCUGUAAAAAUGGUGAUGUCAUAGUUACGGAUAUCAACAGACAUCAUGCUAUACGCUAUAACCUUGAUAACCCUACUGAUUCUGAAAGGAGACGUGAGUCCAUUUUUGGCUGUGAUGUGUUAAAAUGCCCUGGUUUUGUCACAAUUGGUGAGAAUGGAAAUAUUUACAUCUCUGAUGCUCACGCAAAUGCUAUCCAUGUAUUUGAUGGUUACUGUGACCAUAUCGGCACAAUGAGUAGUUACGAAUGUGACAGUACAACAGAUGGGGAACAACCAAGACACCUUGAAUGGCCUGCCGGAAUAUGCCAAGGACCCUGUGAUAGCAUCAUAGUUGCAGAUUUGGGAAAUCGUUGCAUAAGCAUCUUUGAUCCGUCAACAAGGAAGGGUGUACGUAGACUUAUAAGUGACAUAAAGGAUGGACAACCUAAUGCUGUAGCAUUUGACCCAGAAAGGAGACGAUUAGCCUUUUGCACUUAUGGGUCCAUUGGAAUGAGUCCAACUGUACAAGUAUUCCAGUUCUGAUUAUAUAACAUUGAUAAAAGCUGAGAUUAAUAGUUGAGAUUAUUCAAUAUUGGGAAUAUUUUAUUUUGAGUGGCUCAUGUAACUUUUAAUUAGCCAUCACAGACCCUUAAGAGCAUCAGAGGGUUUAGUGAAAAACUUUGGGAUGAUCAGAAAUAUUUUCUAUUUGAAUAGAUAUGGUGUAUAUAAAAAGAGCUACAAAUAUUGAAAUAUAGUUUGAGAUUUUUAUAUUGAAAAUCUUCCAUAUAUGUUCCAGAAGAGAAUCACAAAGUUUGGUUGCAAAUCCAUGGAUUAUCUAUAAGUUCCAGGCCCGUAGCCAGCUUUUGCCAAUGGGGGUGGUUUACUUUUUAAAAAAUUACUGGGGGGUUCACAAUAUGGUAUUGAUUUUUGGAAUAUAAAAACUAACAUCUCAAACUGGUAAGGUUAAAAAGAUUGAACUGGCC